AUGCAGCUUCUUGUCGGCAAAAAGUUAGGCGAUGAGGAGCUCAAAUGCUUCCUGGUGCUUUCAAUUACUGACACCGAGUUUACCCUGGGCGUUGCAGAUAAAAUGUACUCAAGCUGCGGCCCACAGUUGGCCAUUAAGCCUAAUGACGAAUUGCUCUUCUCGGCUAACGCCGUUUGUCGCUUCAUAGCCGCCAACGCUGGCAAACUACGGAGCGAUGAUCUGGCCGUGGACGAGUGGAUUGAAUGGGAGGCUAAUACGUUAGCCACAUGGCUGCGUGCGGCCAAGGCUGCCAACAACAAGAACAGCGAGUUGGCCGACCAGCUGGCAGCCAUGCUUGAAGCGAAGGAAGAUGCACGCCCUAAAAACACGAAGGAACUACAGUUUCUUUUUGGCGCAGAGCUUUCACUAGCUGACAUCGUGGUUGGCGUUACCUUGCGCGCUGCUUUUAAGAUUGUAAAAGAAGAGAAAGACGAAGCUGCCAUUCUUCAGACUUUUCGCAAGUACGUAGGUCAGCUUUUUCUUCGCGAGGACCUAACAAAGGGUAUGGCUAGCAUGAAAAGUGCUGGAAAGACAACUAAAAAGGGUGGAAUGACUCCGGGCGCCGCCUCUGGUGUCCUCGCUACACCAUUGAAAGACAUUAAGCGGUCCAAUUUUAAGCUAGACCAAAAUCUUAAAAAGGGUAUUACGUAUCACAAUAUUCUUGAGGUUGUCGAGAGUAUUUUUGAUGCUGCCAUCAAGGCUGCGUAUCCAGAUUUGCUCAUCCCUCCGGUUGAAGUAACGCGCACUAAUGUCAAGAAUGCCAAAUUUGGUGACUAUCAGUGCAACUCAGCCAUGUCCAUCUUUACAGCGCUAAAGGGUACACCGAACGCGGCUCGUUCGCCUUGUGACGUGGCUAACACAAUUAUUGCCGCCAUGCCCAAGACGCAGGUGCUGGAUCGUCUAACUGUUGCCGGCGCAGGCUUCAUAAAUGCUUUUCUAACCAGAGAAUUUUUGGUUGCGCGCUUGCACACUAUACUGGCAAACGGCGUACAAUCGGCCCCACAAAGAAAACAGACGAUUGUCGUUGACUUUUCGUCUCCAAACACUGCCAAGGACAUGCAUGUGGGUCACUUGCGUUCCACAAUUAUCGGUGAUACAAUGUCUCGCAUUCUUGAAUUCCAGGGUCACGAUGUGAAGCGUAUCAAUCAUAUUGGUGAUUGGGGCACUCAAUUUGGAAUGUUGAUCUGCCACCUCACGGAGACGUAUCCAAAUUGGGAGACGGAAAUGCCCAACGUUACCGAUUUGACCAAGCUUUACAAGGCUGCGAAGGAGCGUUUCGAUGCCGACGAAAAAUUUCAUGAGCGCUCAAAGGCGCAGGUUGUGCUGCUACAGUCCGGUGAUCAGAAGUCCCGAAAAGUUUGGGAGACUCUGUGUGAAAUUAGUCGCCGCGAAUUUCAGAAGGUCUAUGAUCGACUGGGCGUGUCACUUAAUGAGAUGGGCGAGUCGUUUUACAACCCAAUUAUUCCGAGCGUCCUGGAUCUGUUGCGUGCCAAGGGCCUCGUCGAAAUGAGCAAUGGUGCUGAGGUAGUGUUUACCAAAACUUUUAAACAACCAUUCAUGCUAGUAAAGAGUGACGGCUCGUACUUGUACGACACGACGGAUUUGGCUGCGUUGUGGUAUCGCCUUCACGAGAUUAAAGCCGAGCGCAUAAUAUACUACACGGAUUACACGCAGAAAGAUCACUUCAGCUUACUUUUUGAGGUGGGGCGUAUGUCGGGUAUUUACGACCCGACCAAGCAGCGUGUAGAUCACGUGGGCUUUGGUACAGUAAAUGACGAGUCGGGUAAGCGUUUCAAGACGCGCUCGGGUGAAACCGUUCGUCUGGUGGAGCUUCUAGAUGAGGCAAAGGUCCGGAUGAAAGCGCAACUGGUGGAGCGUAUCAAAGCGAAACAAACGUCACUUCCAAUGGAUCAGGUAGACGUUGCCGCCGAAAAGCUUGGCUAUGGUGCAGUGAAGUAUUUUGAUUUGCGCCAGAGUCCGACGUCUAAUUACAUUUUCAGCUUUGACCGCAUGCUGUCCACCAACGGUGACACAGCUGUCUACCUAAUGUUUGCUUACGCCCGUCUGUCAUCUAUUAUCCGCAAGUCCGGUGUCGACAUAGCUGCACUUGUAGCCCAACAGCAGAAAGAAGGCAACAUUCUCAUGCCGGAGCAUCCAACGGAACAAGCCUUAGUCAUUGAGUUGCUUCAGCUGCAAGACGUGAUCGUAUUCAUUAAUAAGGACUUGUGUUCCAACAGGUUGUGCAACUACUUGUACACUGUCUCGGAGAAGGUACAGACGUUUGUUACUGCGUGCCGUGUAAUCGGCAGCGAGGAGCAGAACAGUCGUCUCCUGCUGUGCGACGCCACUGUCAAAAUCAUGAAGACCUGCUUUUCGCUGCUGGGCAUUGACCCGUUGGACCAAAUUUAA